CGUCCGCCAGCCCCCCUCCCCUCUCUCUUCCUUCCCCUCCCUAUUAGCCAAGACGCCCCCUUGCGCUCUUCCCCCAAGUCUCCUCUCCCCUGCCCGUGCCCUCCUUCUCGCUUCUCGCACCACGCCCGCGCGCGCGCUCUCUCUGUCCAACUCUAAAAGCCUCUUCGUGACCUGCGCCGCCCGCCUCCUCUCGUACUCUCGCUCUCUGGACUGUUUCUUUGCGGCCGCUUGUGGCCUGGGCGUUGGCUGGUUCGUUGCCGGUGAGGGGAUUCGGAGCCGGGAGGAGAUCGGCGGCUGCCGGGCUCGGUAGGCGGGAUCCUGCUUGUUGCUGUUCUUGGCUCGGGGCUGGCAGCCGGGCAACCCAUGCCGUGAGCGAAGAAGCGGCAGCCUUUUGUUCCCUGUGGGAGAUCUUGCGGUCAGCUGAAGCCGAGGAGUCAGGGUCGCCGCCGACAUGGCCGGCAGCGACGAGGUCAACCGCAACGAGUGCAAGACGGUGGUGCCGCUCACCACAAUGGUGCUCAUCUCCAACUUCAAGGUGGCCUACAACAUGCUCCGCCGCCCGGACGGCACCUUCGACCGCGACCUCGCCGAGUUCCUGGACCGCCGGGUGCCGUCCAACGCGCGCCCCGUGGAGGGCGUCUCCUCCUUCGACCACGUCAUCGACCAGUCCGUCGGCCUCGAGGUGCGCAUCUACCGCGCGGCCGCCGCCGCCGAUGCCGAUGCCGGCGCGGGCGCGGCCGCGGUCACCCUGCCCAUCCUGGAGUUCCUCACGGGCGCCCCGUCCCCGGAGCCGUUCCCCGUGAUCAUCUUCUUCCACGGCGGCAGCUUCGCGCACUCGUCGUCCAGCACGGCCAUCUACGACCACCUCUGCCGCCGCUUCGUGAAGCUGAGCAAGGGCGUCGUCGUGUCCGUCAACUACCGCCGCGCGCCAGAGCACCGCUACCCGGCCGCCUACGACGACGGCUGGACGGCCCUCAAGUGGGCGCUGGCGCAGCCGUGGCUGCGCAGCGGGGAAAGCUCGCAGCUUCGCGUGUUCCUCUCCGGCGACAGCUCGGGGGGCAACAUCGCGCACCACGUGGCCGCCCGCGCCGCGGACGAAGGGAUCAAGAUCUACGGCAACAUCCUGCUCAACGCCAUGUUCGGCGGCAACGAGCGCACGGAGUCGGAGCGGCGGCUGGACGGCAAGUACUUCGUGACGCUGCAGGACAGGGACUGGUACUGGAAGGCGUACCUGCCGGAGGACGCCGACAGGGACCACCCGGCCUGCAACCCCUUCGGGCCCAACGGGCGGCGGCUCAGGGGACUCCCCUUCACCAAGAGCCUCAUCAUCGUGUCCGGAUUGGACCUCACCUGCGACCGGCAGCUGGCCUACGCCGAGAACCUCCGGGAGGACGGGCUCGACGUGAAAGUGGUGCACCGGGAGAAGGCCACCAUAGGGUUCUACCUGCUGUCCAACACGGACCACUACCACGAAGUCAUGGAGGAGAUCUCGGACUUCCUCCAAGCUAACCUCCUCUAGUGGAGUACGUAUAUACACUACUACAGUCUUCGUCGUCGUGGAUAAGCUCGAUCAUCGUCCCGACACAAUCAAAAUACUGCUUAUAGGAAGCUGAAUGGUAAGAUUGACUUAUACUACUACUAGUAUCUCUUUAUACUGUGCUAGUGCUGCUUGGGGAUCAUCUUGGAGCCUGGCAAUGGCUUGCCUGCAGUGAGCUGUGUUCUGGCAAGCUAAAGGGAAUCCCGAUGCCUGAUAAACUCGAUUCAUUCCUCGCCGGAUCGAGGAAAGUCAUGUCCCCGCUGAUCGAUCGGUGUAACCUUGGAUCUCUGAUCCGAAUCCAUGUUUUGCUUGGGGCUAAGAUAAGAGAGUGCCACUCCAAUGUGUACCGCAUUUGACUUGGUUGAUGGAGAGGAGCAUAUUAUUUCGCCUUCAUCCUCUCCUGCUUGCUGCUGCUGCUUAUCUUUCAGCGAAGAAAUUGCCAUCUAGCGUUACGUGUACAGUGAUCGAUUAACGGGAAGAUGGGGGAGAGGGUUCUUUUGUUGCUGUCGAUGUACUCCAGUAGUUUCUUCUUUCGGCUACACGGAUUGGAUGGUGCUCUCUCUCAGGCUCUCAGCUCACACGCGCUUGAUACGGAGUUUCCAGUCCAGUCCAGUCUAGGCCCUUCUAACUUGUUUGUCUGUCUCUCUUCAAUGUACUACUCACUCAGUCAAUCAUCAUGAUCCUUGUAUAGAUGUUUGAACUGUAACGCGUGUAAUUCGAUCAAACCCCUCUGGGUUCUUUUUUCGCUCUACAUGGGUGUCGGUGAAUGUAAAAGAAAGAUUGCACGCAUGUGCAAGUGUCUGUUUGUCUUUUGCACAUUUUAUGCAAGGAGUACUUAUUGCUGCA